AUGACGAAGGAUUGGCGUUGGACAAAAACUUUAAAAUGUGAUAUAAUUAAAAAUAUUACAAGACUUGGAAAUGCUGAGAAAUGCGCUCGUCUUGUAGGAAUGGAUAUGAUUUUAAAAAAUGAAGACAAAUAUCACGAAGAUCUUAAAAGGGAUAUUCAACAAUUUAAAGAUGAGACAAAAAAAAUAAACACCGGUAAUUUAACAGGCAUUGAGAGUCGAACACGAAAAGAAAGGUACGGACGUUUAAAGCCUAAAGAAAUCAAGUUAAGUAUUUGGCAUUCAUUGAACCGCAUUAAUAAUGAAUCGAAUUUGUUAAUAAAUCGAAUUAGUAAAAUAAAAAAAAAACUCAAAAAUACACAAAAACGCUGGUCUGAAUUACAGUUUAACAAUCAACAUGGUACAGACGAAAAGACAAAGGUAGCCAUGGGAAAGAUGGCAGUCGUGGAUAAAAAACUUGCAUUGGUUGAUUUAAAUAAUAGAAAGACUUCCGAAAUGGUGAACUACGCGAGACAAAAUUUAAUCGUAUACGAUACGCUUAUAGAACAAUUACAAGUUGAAGUGGCAAAUAUGGCUACAGCCAUAAUGAAAGAAAUCGAAAUCGGUACAAUGUUUAAAGAAGAUGCUGCGAAUUAUACGCAAAGCUAUAUUGAUCAGAAAUUGGAAAAUGAAAUAUACGUAAAUAAAGAAAUGUUUCGGGUAGAUCAACUAAAUUCCAUAAUGGAUUCGUUGGAACACAACAGGUAAAUAUUGUAUUAUUUGACAUAAUCGAAAAUUUUUAAAUAGAAUCAUUCAAUUCUAAAAGUGUAUAGGUUGCUACACAGAAAGAGCGAGAUUGAAGAUUGUAUUAAUUGCACACUUGCACUGAGCCCCACAUUUUAGAGGUACCCUCGUCUAGUUGCAAUCAUAGCUGGAUAGUAAUUGCACAUCACGAUUGUUUAGGAAAAUAGAAAUUAAAAUUAAUGAACAAAGAAAAAUUAUAUUUUAAAAAUUUACUUGCACUUAGUAUUAGAAGGGGUAAGAGCAAAAAAACAAAAUAAGCUUAUUGAAGCCCUGCAAAAAUUACUGCACGGGAACUCGAUAUUUUUCAAGCAGGUACUGUACGUACAGUAUACAGAGAUGAUUAAAAUAUAAUUGCUUAGUUAAGAUAGUGAAGUAAUCAGUAGGGCUAUAGACAUAUUAAUAAAUGGACCGCGCUUAGAGAAGAAAACGCAGAACUUAUAAUAAGUGAGAGAGAUAGUGCUAGUUAGGGGGAAAGAAUGAUUGAAUAUUUUAAUUUACACUAUGAAAUUAUUAUUAUUUAUCAGUUUAUCAUAUCAAUUUAAUUUAUUACAAUGGAAAUAAUAAUCAUUUUCAUAGCGAAAUAAAAAUUUAAAAGUAUUUCUUCCGUGAUUGCUCCUAACUAUCACUAUCUUUCUCACUCAAUAUUGUUCACGAACACCAUAGAUGGGGGGUGAGAAAAGAUCCAUUUAUUAAUAUGUCUAUGAAUAGGGCAAAAGUCAGUAUAACCAUUAUAAAAUAAAAAUGUCCUGGUAAACGAUUGAUUAAAAUACAAAUACAAUUUAUAUAUUCUAUAUAUAAAAUAACAUGUCCUGCCUGACUGACUGAUUCAUUAUCACCUAGCCCAAACCACUGGACGGAUCGAGCUGUAAUUUGGAAUACAGAUAGCUAUUAUGACGCAGGUAUCCGCUAAGAAAGGUUUUUCUAAAAUUCAACCCCUAAGAUUGUAAAAUAGUAGGUUUUAGGUAUUUUUGGUACAAAUAUCUAAUUGUUCAUAUUUUCAUUUUUGUUUAUUCAUGGGUUAUCUGAGUGACAUGGAUGACAAUUUAGUUGUUAGGUUUUAUUAUUGUUACUGUUAUUUACACUAUUAUCUAGCAAUAUCAAAGCAUAGAACACUUUUAGUCUGUCAAAGGUGGACUACCUACUUUCCACUUAUUUGUUUUUAUUUAUUCUGACAUGUUCAAAACCAAAAAUGAAUAUGGGUAAAAAAAAUAAUAAAAAUUAACACGGCUAACGACGGGCGCGGGACAUCUAGUUUAAAUGAAAUAUGAAAAUUAAACUCCAAACUUAAAUUUUCAAUACUGUAGUUCAAUAUUAUAUUUGUCACGUCCUUACAUUUAAUGCUUAAAAAAAACCAACUUUAAUUGAAAACUAUUCUCUUUAGUCUUUUUAUUAAAUACUAAAAACAAGACUGAAUACACGGACUUAAGCAUAUCAAAAAAAAAGUAUUUUCGUUUUUUAUUGAUAAGAGAUAGGAGUAACUAACAUCACACCCCUUCUUGCAUAAUUAAUGCAUUACAAAUUUGAUAAAAAAAAAUACAUAAUAAAAAAAAAAAAAUUAUACAAUGCAAAUUAUAUAGUACUUAUAUACUAGUAAACAAAUAGUGACUUAAAUAACAUAAAUAACAUCUGUUCAGCUAAACAAUAGCUAUGACUUUUUUUUAUGGUUUUUAAUGAUACAUAUAUUUAUACAAAGUAUAAUACUAUCUAAUUAUAGACAUUUUAAAACUUAUUUAAAACCAUUUAUUGUACUUUAUUAUACUUAAAAGAAGUGAUUUUUGAUUAUCGACGCCAUUUUUUAAAUAAAAAUGCUUAAGUGGGGAAAUAACGUAGAAAAACGUACAAUUUCACGAUUUCAUUAUUUUAUAAAAACCCGGAAUACGUUUUCUACAAAAAAAAAAAUGAAUUGAUCGAAAAAUCACAAGAUACGUGUUUUUUUGGCUUUUUGAUUUAAUUUCUUAUGGUAUCAUCGCCGAAACUUUUGAGCCACUUUUGAGCUUUUUAGGAAUUUAAAUUUUUGGGACUUUUUUUGCUGUUACUCCAUUAUAAAUACAAGUAGAGACUUGAAACUUGGUAAUAAUACUUAUAUUAGACUUACCCAGAUACGGUAAAAUUUCCAAAAUCAUCGAACGAUUUUUUUUUUUUAAUAAACGUGUUUUGAAAUCAAAUUUAAACGAAAAUCGCAAAAAAAAUUACACAUUGUCUUCCAUAGACUGAAGUGUAUGGAGAACAACAUGUGGAUGAAUGUUCAAUGGAAUUAUAAAUGAAAAAUGCAUAAGGUAAAUAAAUAUUGGUCGCAAUCGUUUAAAUGUUUGUCUGCUUAGUAUUCGGUCACCGUUCUAUGUACUCAUUCUAGACUCCCGUUAAUUUGUAGAUGUAAAUGGCUAAUAUUUACUUCAUUUAUUCACAUUAAUUUGCACAUUUCCUUGAAAAUAUUACUCAGAAAAUCUGUUCUAUGUAAAUAUAUCUCGGAUAUACCGUGUAUGCACACAAACUGUGUAUCGAAAGCCUCUGUCACUGUAUUAGCCUGAUGAUUAGAUAAUGUGACCUCAGACAAAUAUUUCGUUAGAUCGUCCUACAUGGUCAACACAUCAGUGUUAUCCGACAAUGUUGUUACUAUAAAUGGUCCCACUAUAUUGAGAAAUAUUUUUUUUUAUUGUGUCCGUCGUUGUAAAAACAUCAAUAACAUGACGUCUUAUGAAUUUAGUAAACUGAACUUGUGCUAACAUCUAUCGUGUUAGUAUUGGAGGAGAAGAAACAAAAAUAACUAUUAAAAAUAUGCUGUACAUCCAAUAGACAGAAAGAGAAGGAUUUUCAGUAAAUUUCGAUAAAUUUAUAGUGAUUUACAGUGCCAAUCUUGAAUUUUUUUGUCUAUAAAGAUUUUACUGUUUACGAAAAGUGUUUCAAUUACAUGGCUUCAUUAAAUGUCCAUAAUAAGUCUCUCAUUAUCAAUACCCAUACACUUCUGUUAAAACUUUAAAUAACUUAACAAUAACAACUAACAAGACAUAUAUAGCAAUGAAACUAAUAAUAUACUAAUAACCAAGGCUUAAAAUCGGUAACCGUUUUGUAACGAAAAUCGGUAAUAAAUCGAUAAUUUUAUAAAUUAUAACCGAUAACCACUUUUAUUUUAAUAAUGUUGGAAAUGCUUAGGUAUCGGUAUCAAGAUAAUUAUUUAAGUAUUAAUAUCAAAGAGGCUACCUCCUAUUUUCAAACCCGGUUUUAUAACCAAAAUAAUUAACAGUUUUUGGUAUAUGUAUUUUAUAAUUUAAAUAAUAUAUAUUUAAGUUUUAAUUAUAAUGGCUUCUAUAUUUUUAUAAUUGAAUUAAUUUUCCAGUCAUUUUUAAGUUAUUUACUAUUAUUAUGAUAUAAUAAUUAAAAAGAUAAGUAUAUUAACUUCGAAUUCUGUAUUUAUUGGUUCCCUAAUUAUUUAUGGUUAAAUUUAGAAAAAAGUUAAUGGAAGAAGAUCCAAUCACAGAAUUAGAGGAAACAUUUUAUGCCAAAAUGCCAUGGACAAUAGACAAUGAAGAUGAAUUGGACGAAACUGGUAGUAAUCCAACAAAAAUUCAAGAAGAAACUUACAAUUGGACUAGUAAAUUAUUACAAUUCGGAUUGAUGUAUUUCGUUGAUAAAAAUCAAAAAUUAGAAUUACUAAAUGGGUUGAAAAAAUGUACUUCGGUUAUCGAUUAUCAGUUUCCUGAAAAUAUUGCAGAUUAUAUCAUGUUUAGUGAUAGUUCGUUCACGAAAGAUGAAUUGGCCACUAACUACGUUUUAAAAAGAACAGAGUUUAGUACUAUAGAAGAUAUGACAAACUAUGUUGAAUGUACUAAAAACGAUUUAAUCAAGCUUAAUAAAUUAAAUUCUGUAAGAAAAAUGUUAUGGAGUGUGUUGUUCAAAACGAAUAGAUACAUGAAAGAAACGUCUGAUACUUUAAACCUUGUGACCAUCAAAGAAAUAGAGCUCCAGAAACAAAUAGACAUGUUGAAAUCAUAUUUGGAUGUCCAAACAAAUAUAAUGUCUGAUUUAUGCGAAACUAAAUACGAUCACUAUUUGACAUUGCUUAAUGAUAGACAUUUUUAUAUGAACAAUUUAAGAAGUAUAUUUAACAAAAUUAAAGUAAGUGAUAUACUAACAUAUAACUGAAAUAAUGGGUAGGUAAUUCAUUAAUAUAUUAAAAUAGUAUUAUUAACAAUUUAGUUUUCAGAAGAAGAUACGAAACGAUAUUCAAAUCUUAAUACCCCACAAAAUGAAAUAUUGGGAGCUCCAAAUGCAGAAAUAUUGGCAUAUCUACUGGAAUUAAAAUCUAUGAUAAGCAAAUCUGAAGGAAAAAUUCGAUGGUGUAAUUUAAUAAUUUUAAAUGAUUUUAAUUCUGCUAAAUUGAAUUUGUCUCGUGCAAUAUUCGAUUUUAAAGUUCAGACACAUAUUCAAGGUGAUUUAUUAGAGAAACAGAUUAAAUUUGAAAGUGAUGCGCGGCGAAAAGUUAUCCCAGAAAUUACUAGAAAAUCUGAUGUAAUCUUGACUAGAGAAGAUACAAAAAAACAAGCAGAACUGAUUUUAAAAUAUUUUGCUGAAAAAGAUACGGACAGCUCAAAAAACAGAAGAAAGCCAAUGACAUUUAGAAGAGAAUUUUUAUAAUAGUAUUAAAUGCAAUUUAAGAAACAAUAAAAUUAGGGAGGCUAGCAGUACCUUGCCUUGAUAAAUAAUGUUUAUACAGAAAAUUCAACAACUUGUACAGAAUAUUUUUGGUACAAUAAGCUGAAAAUAUUACAUGUAAAAUAAGCAUUUUAUUGAUACCUAGUCUUCUAGUUGGAUUUACCGGAAGUACAAUUGAAGAUAAAUUGGCUAUAAGAAGGUUCAGGUGAUUGAGGUGGUAUUUGUGGAAUUGUGAAUAGUAUUGUGGCAACUGUUAAACACUAAGUUCCAGACAGAGACAUAUUCAGAAAUUUGGCACCCAGCCGUUAAAGUUAUGUUUUUUGGUGCUUUCAAAUAUAUUUGUUUUUAAUGUAUGUACUUUUUGUAAUCUCUGGUGGGAAAUUGAUUAUUUAAUCUACAUUGAAAUCUAUAAUAUAAGAGUGACUAAAUAAUUAAAUGAUUUAUUUAUGGUUAUAUAUCAACGGAAAUUUGACACUUAACAUACUGCAAUACAUUUAAAUUACAAUUGCACUUAGGGCUUUAUACAUAAAAGGACUUGCUUCUACAAGGAGUUGAACAAAAUAAAAAAAGAAAGCAAAUUUUAAAUUUUAACAUUAUAUUAUCUUUAUAAAUUAGUCAUAAUUAAUAUAAAGUAGG